CCGAAGGGUCCCUCACAGUUUCCAGUCGGUCGGUUCGGCUUUUGUCAAUGUUUAAACCGGUAAAGCGGUUUGGACUGCAGGCUGUCUAUCUAUACGAGCAAGAAAAUAACAUCAUCAUUCAUUCCCAACAGCCAAGAACAUCUUUCCUUGGUCCCCCGCAACUCGCCCUACAAAUGGCCUUGGCUCCCACCCUCUUCGUUGGGCUUGAUUUGGGAGUUCACAUCCUUUGCUUCACAUCGCCAUCAUGAGACGACUCUCCCUAUUGCUGUUUUCGUGUCUCAAUGCCUUCGUGGCAGACGCUAGUGCGGACGUCAAUCGCUCUUCGCUUCAGACUUACGCAUCCAAGCCUCGCGUCUUCGUUCUCUCCGACAUCUCCAAUGAGCCUGAUGACACCGAGUCCUUUGUGCGAUUCCUGCUGUAUAGCAAUCAGUUGCAGAUCGAAGGCAUGGCAGCUGUCACUUCCACCUGGCUGAAGGACAAGGUGUACCCAGAGCAGAUCUCCGAUGUUGUUGAUGCGUAUGCCGAGGUGGUCGCCAACCUGAAUCAGCACACCUCGCCAUCCUCCCCAUAUCCGUCAGCAGAAUACCUUCACAGUAUCGUUAAAUCCGGCCCAGCCGUUUACGGUAUGGAAGGCGUUGGACCCGGCAUGAACCUCAGUUCCGGCGCGGAACUACUGCUUGACCGACUCCGCCAACCUGUCGAUAAGCCCCUCUGGGUCCUUGGCUGGGGAGGCGUCAACGUCCUUGCAGAGACCCUCUACUACAUCCAACACAACUUCAACGCCACCGAGGCUGCGCGUCUCCGUGCUCAGCUGCGCGUGUACACCAUCUCCGACCAAGACGACAGCGGUCUCUGGAUCCGCGAGCAGUUCCCCGAUAUCUUCUACAUCGCUUCCAUGCACGGCUGGAACCAGUACGGUCUUGCCGCCUGGUCUGCCAUCUCCGGCGAGGAAUACUACAAUUUCGACGUCGGCGGUCCGGACUUCACCAAGGUCUCCGCUGCCUGGCUGAAGAAGAACAUUCAAAUCGGCAUUUACGGCAAGGAGUACCCGGACUACAAAUACUUCAUGGAGGGCGACACCCCGACAUUUUUGUAUCUCAUCCAGAACGGCCUGGGCGUGCCUGAGCAACCCGACUAUGGGUCCUGGGGCGGCCGCUACUCCCUAGUCGAUCUGUCCAAGCAAGUGAAGUACCGUCAGUACAGUGACGCGGCGGAUCGGGUUGUCGGACAGAACAACCGGACCUAUACUUCCAAUCACGCUGCCAUCUGGAGAUGGCGAGACGCCUAUCAAAAUGACUUUGCCGCGCGGAUGCAGUGGGCCCUCCCGGCCAACGAGAGCAAGGCCAACCAUCAUCCCGUUGUCGUGGUGAACGGACACGCCGAACUGAGCCCGCUGGUCAUCGCGUCGACGCCUAAUGCCACUGUCUCGCUGGAUGCGUCCGGCACCUAUGACCCCGACCGUGACAGCCUCUCGUUCCGGUGGUUCCAAUACAAGGAGCCUGGCUCGACGGACUGGAAUGUGGAUAACCAGAUCCCGGCGCUGGAUUUCACCGUCUCCACGGAUGGAGAACGUGCGCAGGUCACGCUCCCAGCCGCGGACGAGAUCUGUGAUGGCAAGAGCUCGAACGAUUCGGGUUGCUGGACCCUGCACCUAAUCCUGGAGGUCACGGAUCACGGCGCGAUCCCGCUGACGACGUACAAGCGGGUGUUGUUCGAGACAACGAACUCGACUCAGUCGGCCACGGAAAGUCUCGUAGAGGAUGCGACAGUUUUGGAUUGGAAGGGAUACGUGGAGUAUGACAUUGACUUGGACGAUUAUUGGGUGGAUGAUGACUGGGAGGAACCGAUACUGGGGCGGGACUGCCCGUGCUCGGGGGGACAUGGGGGUAGCGGAGGUCAUGAGCAUGAGUAGCGGAGCAUGUGCGGCGUUGGUCUGGUCUUGAAAUGUAU